GUGGAAUUGCAUGGGAAAAUCAUGGAAGUUGAUUACUCAGUCUCUAAAAAGCUCAGGAGCAGGAAAAUCCAGAUUCGAAACAUCCCUCCUCACCUGCAGUGGGAGGUGUUGGAUGGGCUUUUGGCUCAGUAUGGGACUGUGGAGAAUGUGGAACAAGUCAACACGGACACAGAAACUGCCGUGGUCAAUGUCACCUACGCAGCAAGAGGAGAAGCAAAACUAGCCAUCGAGAAGCUGAGCGGGCAUCAGUUUGAGAACUACUCCUUCAAGAUUUCCUACAUCCCAGAUGAAGAGUUUGUUGGCGCCAUCAUCGGAAAGGAGGGCUGGACCAUAAAGAACAUCACUAAGCAGACCCAGUCUCGGGUGGACAUCCACAGAAAGGAGAACUCUGGGGCUGCAGAGAAGCCUGUCACCAUCCAUGCCACCCCAGAGGGGACCUCAGAAGCGUGCCGCAUGAUCCUUGAAAUCAUGCAGAAAGAGGCAGAUGAGACCAAACUAGCGGAAGAGAUCCCUCUGAAGAUCUUGGCCCACAAUGGCUUGGUGGGAAGACUUAUCGGAAAGGAAGGCAGAAACCUGAAGAAAAUCGAACACGAGACAGGAACCAAGAUAACCAUCUCAUCCUUGCAGGACCUGAGCAUCUACAACCCGGAGAGAACCAUCACUGUGAAGGGGACGGUGGACGCCUGUGCCAGUGCCGAGGUAGAGAUCAUGAAGAAGCUGCGCGAGGCCUUCGAAAACGAUAUGCUGACCGUGAACCAGCAAACCAGUCUGAUCCCAGGCUUGAACCUCAGUGCACUCGGCAUCUUUUCAACAGGGCUGUCUGUCCUGCCUCCACCAGCAGGGCCCCGCGGAGCUCCCCCCUACCACCCUUUCGCUACCCACUCGGGAUACUUCUCCAGCCUGUGCCCGCCUCACCAAUUCAGCCCAUUCCCGCACCAUUACUCUUACCCGGAGCAGGAGAUCGUCAACCUCUUCAUCCCCACCCAGGCGGUGGGCGCCAUCAUCGGGAAGAAGGGGGCCCACAUUAAACAGCUGGCUCGAUUCGCCGGGGCCUCGAUCAAGAUUGCCCCUGCGGAAGGCCCGGAUGUGAGUGAAAGGAUGGUCAUCAUCACUGGACCUCCUGAAGCCCAGUUCAAGGCCCAGGGGCGGAUCUUUGGGAAACUGAAAGAAGAGAACUUCUUUAACCCCAAGGAAGAGGUGAAAUUAGAAGCCCACAUCCGUGUGCCCUCGUCCACAGCUGGCCGGGUGAUUGGCAAGGGCGGCAAAACCGUGAACGAACUACAGAACCUGACCAGUGCAGAAGUCAUCGUGCCUCGGGAGCAGACGCCAGACGAGAAUGAGGAAGUUAUUGUCAGGAUCAUCGGGCAUUUCUUCGCCAGCCAGACCGCACAGCGCAAGAUCAGGGAGAUCGUACAGCAGGUGAGGCAGCAGGAGCAGAAGUACCCUCAGGGAACCGCCUCCCCGCGAAGCAAGUGAGGCCCAGGCCCGCCCGCCCGCGGGACAACGGAUGAAUGUAGCCCUUCCAACACCGGCGGCGGCGAGCGAGACCAAACCCACAGCAGAGCGGGCGCACACCAAAGACCACCCUGCGGAGCGAGAGACGCCGCCCAGGGAGGCCCUGGUGCCCGUCCCCACACACCCCCAGCCCCCAGGCAAAGCAGUGCUCUGAGUAUCACAUCACACACAGCAACAAAAGCGACACACACAGACCAGCCUCCACUUACCCCUGGCUACUCCAACCAGAACGAGAGCCCGUGGUACUUGUCCUGGCAUCCGGAAGAGGGGACAGGGACCCGCCAAACCAGCCAAACCUAGGAAAAGCCCACCAAGAAGGACAGUCUCUUUUGUCUUUGUAACAUUCUGGUGGACGCAUCAUCGAUAUUUGGCGAAACGAUUUCUUUCUUUUGCAAAAAAGUGGAGGAAAAUAGCUAUUGACGAGAGGCCGUUGGCCCUGGGCGUUAAAUUUACAGAUUUUUUUAAAUGAGAAAAACACACACAUGAAAGCUACCUCAGGUGUUUUAUACCUCAGCACCUUGCUCUUGUGUUUCCCUUAGAGAUUUUGUAAAACUGAUAGUUGGAGCAUUUUUUUAUUUUUUUAAUAAAAAUGAGUUGGAGAAAAAAAAAAAACCCAAGAUACCAACAGCCAGCCUGGAGGAGGUGACCGUCCAAGUGUGCGUGACUGCUCUGAACUGUCUUCCGCUAGCCAAGAGCCUUCGCGGCCUUCUUGUGGACAGCCCUUGAGAACAUGCAAUCCCAGAAAGGAUGGCAGAGAACCAAGGGAGAGCGCGAAUGCUGGCGACGUGCUGAGCCUCCGCGGGUGCUCGUCAGGCUCUGAGCAAGCACUGGUUUCUGUGAACAAGCCACUACACCGCCAGACUGCAAUGCCAGUUUCCUCUACUGCAAACAGUGUUCUGUGACAAAAAUGACAAAAAGAAAAAAAAAAAGAAAUAUAU